GAGACAGAGAGAUUUCAUCGAAACACAGCACAGGGGAGGACUUCCCAGACCUUUGCCAGUUGCCUUUACCGACCACACAGCGGAUUCGGAGUUAACGCCGCUAAACAGUAAACGGUCACCAGUGUUUCCAUUACCACCGUUCCUUUCUUUAUCUUCGUUGGCUCACUUACCAAAAGGUCCCCGGACUCUCUCUUCCUCUCUGUCUGGCGAGCUCUCGGAAUCUCGCCGGAGAAUCUCACUUGGUUGCCCGAAACGCCGUGGAUUGCGACUUCUUGAAAUUACAGCGGAGCCAAAGAGGAGAGGAGAAGGAGAGAAGGAGAGAAUUGUGAUGGUAUAAAAGAAUAACUUAUAAAAUAGGAGGCGAGGUGGGGGUUGGGGGUGGUGGUUAACGUGCAAUGCAGGAAAAGGAAGCAUCGAAGCUUUGGAGAAUCUUACACGGCACAGAUACUUAGAUGAUCCCCUUCCUUAAGCCUCUUGCCUUAUGCCGUAAUUUAUUCCAUUCUCUGUCGCAUUCCGACCUAGUUUUUUCAAAAACCUAUGUCCCUCCCCGCUGUACAUAAAUAUCUUCCUCCUCGAAUUUUUGCUACUCCAAUUCCGGUGUGAAAAAUAUUUUCUUCAGCUCUUGAAUUCUGGUCGCAAUUUGAUGCGUUUGGGUGAAUUUUUUUUCCCGAUCCUUUUGAAUGCUGCUGCUCUUCGAAGUUCAACCAUUAGAUUUUAAUUCGAGCUUGCGGCUAGUUGUGGAGGUAAACUGUACCAUCGGAUGUUGAAUUCUGUGUGUUUAGCUCGGGUUUUUUUUUCGCUCUUUUGUUGGAGGGAGAAUUUUGAACUACAUAUAGAGCCAUAAAUUUGGUUGUCAGCACGGAGGUGGAGAUUUUCUUUUGAAGGCGUUUCUUUAUUUGGAAGGUUUUACCACUCUUAGUUAUCGCAAUGCCAUCUGAAAUAAUGGACCUACCUGACUUUUCAUCAUCAUCCUCGUACUUCUCAGAUGAUUUAUGUUUUCCCAACGAGAGAAAGUUUGGUUUAUGGAAGUCAGAUAACAUGCGUGGUGGCUUUGCCGUGGGAGCAGGGAGAGCAUCCAGUCAUUCAGCAAGUUUGAAUGUACAGCCGGCAUCUUAUGCUAUAGAAAGCAACAGGGGUAGUAUGGUGGGUACUCAGUAUGAGAGCAGUCUCUUCUCAAGUUCGUUGUCGGAGUUAUUCAAUGGGAAGUUGAGAUUAUCAUCAAACCAUGCUCUAUAUGGCCAUUCUGUUGAUACUGUUGCCUCCCAUUAUGAGGAAGAGGAACCUUUUGAAUCCCUUGAAGAAAUUGAGGCCCAAACCAUUGGAAACCUCUUGCCUGAUUAUGAUGACUUUCUUUCUGGAGUGACUGAUGGGCUUGACUGUAUUGUCCAGCCCAGUGGUGGGGAUGAUGUGGAGGAGUUAGAUCUUUUUAGCAGUGUCGGGGGAAUGGAAUUGGGAGAUGAUUGUUCAUCUGAUGGACAAAAUAAUUCUGACUUCCCUGGGGGAGUUUCUAAUGGUCAGCCAGGGGAAUCAAAUGGUUCAGUAGCUGCUGAACACCCUUCCAGGACGUUGUUUGUUAGAAAUAUAAAUGGCAAUCUUGAAGACUCCGAAUUGAAGACCCUUUUCGAGCAAUAUGGAGAUAUUCGCACUCUUUAUACAGCUUGCAAGCAUCGUGGUUUUGUUAUGAUCUCCUAUUAUGACAUUAGAGCAGCCCGAAAUGCAAUGAAAGCACUCCAUAACAGACCAGUGAGGCGUAGGAAGCUUGACAUCCAUUACUUGCUUCCAAAGGAUAACCCUUCUGAAAAAGAUAUAGAUAAGGGCACUCUUGUGGUAUUUAACCUUGAUUCCUCUGUUUCGAAUGAUGACCUUCAUCAGAUUUUUUGUGCCUAUGGAGAAAUCAAGGAGAUUCGGGAAUCCCCACAAAGAAGUCUCCACAAGUUUAUUGAAUUUUAUGAUGUAAGAGCUGCAGAGGCUGCUCUUCAUGCAUUAAACAAGAGUGAUAUUGCAGGGAGACGGAUUAAGCUUGAACCAGGCCAUCCAGGGGGAUCAAGACGUCUGAUGCAACAGUUCUCUUCAGAGUUGAAACAAGAUGAUCGUGGUCUUUAUCUGCAACACAAUGGCCCUCCUAUUGACUCAAACACCAGCUUCCCUGUCUUGUUGACACUACCAGCUCCGCAUGGUGAAAUUGCUUCUACUCGCAUGGAUCGUGGAACUAUUUUGGGGGUGCACCCUGCAAUACAAGCUCCAUCCAUUGAAUCCGUGUUUCAUCAUGGUAUCUCUUCUAGUGUGCCGAACAGCUUACCCUCUCUGGUGAGAGUUGAAUCAGUUGGCAAUCAGCCUGGCCUUGCUGAGUCUGGGCGAUCACCAGGACAACUGAAAUUUGAUAUUCAAGGCACUACGACUUUUCAUCCUCAUUCACUUCCAGAGUAUCAUAAUGGCUUAACAAAUGGUGUUCAUGUGAAUUCUCUGGGCAUCAUCACUGCAAACAUCAGUCACAGUCAACAAGAAAGAUUUGAUAACUGGCAGUUCCACAGAGUAAGCUCAAAUGGGCACCCAAUUGAACUCAAAGAAGCUGGUGUUUUUCAAUCUACUGGUAAUGGGAGCUGUUCUCUUCCUGGACAUCAUUAUUCAUGGAACAGCUCCCAUCACUCUCAGCCUCCAGGCAUGAUGUGGCCAAACUCACCAUCGCUUAUCAAUGGCAUUUGUGGAGUACAUCCUGCACCAAGAUUGCAUGGAUUCCAAAGAGCACCAUCUAAUAUGCCGAACUCAGGUUUACCUACAAAUAACCACCAUGUGGGAUCAGCACCGUUAGGUAAUCCUUCACUCUGGGAUAGACAACAUGCCUAUGCUGGGGAAUCCCCUGAUGCUUCUGGAUUUCAUACUGGUUCUCUUGGGAACCUGAGAAUUUCUAAUAACUCACUGCACGCAAUGGAAUGCGUUUCUCAUAGCAUUUUGCCUCAUGUUGUUGGAAACGUUAUGGAACUGUCUAUUCCCCAAAAAAAUGUUGGACUCCAAUCCCAUCAUCAGAGGUGCAUGGCAUUUUCUGGCAGAGGCCCUAUGAUCCCCAUGAUGAAUUCAUUUGAUCCUUCGAAUGAACGGGCUAGAAGCCGUAGGAAUGAAGAUGGCUCUAGUCAGUUUGACAACAAAAAACAGUUUGAACUUGAUAUUGACCGGAUAAUGCGAGGAGAAGACAACCGAACAACACUUAUGAUAAAGAACAUUCCUAACAAGUAUACAUCAAAGAUGCUUAUGGCUGCAAUAGAUGAACGCCAUCCAGGGAGCUAUGAUUUCAUUUAUCUACCAAUUGAUUUUAAGAACAAAUGUAACGUGGGCUAUGCAUUCAUCAACAUGAAAGAUCCUAACUUGAUCAUUCCAUUCUAUCAGGCAUUCAAUGGAAAGAAAUGGGAAAAGUUUAAUAGUGAAAAGGUGGCAUCACUUGCAUAUGCUCGUAUACAAGGUAUAGCUGCUCUCAUUGCACAUUUCCAGAACUCAAGCUUGAUGAAUGAGGACAAGCGGUGCCGACCAAUUCUCUUCAAUACAGAUGGCGCCAAUGCUGGUGAUCAGGUGCCCUUCCCAAUGGGUGUUAAUGUUCGUACUAGACCUGGAAAAACUCGGACCAACACCCAUGAGGACAUUGAGGAGAACCAACAAGGAAGCCUUCCAAAAAUUGGAAAUGGGGAGGAUCCUGCUGGAGAUCCAUGUUCUUCGAAGGAGUAAGACUAAGGCAAGCAUGUCUUUGGCGGCCUAACUUACAUCACCGGGUAAACCAAAUCCUACCUAAAUCCCAUUAACUUUCGCUGGAUUGCUGGGGGGUGGGGUGGGAUCAUGUGGUGCUUUUCAAUAAGCCGUUAAAAAUAUUCAAAGGAAUGCCUGACCAAGGCCAAGUACAUUUUCAGUUUUCUUAUCAAUUUUCUAGACUAACAAGGGGAAAAAAAAAAAAAAAACAUCAGGAGGGGCUUCGAAAUUUUGGAUGGACUCGAGGAUUAUUUAAAUGGCGUACAUAUGUAAAGGAGUUUCUUCCAGAGAUCUUUCAUUGUGUUUUGUUGCAGGCAUCUCUGCUAUACCUUUUAUUAUUAUCAUUAAUAUUUGCUCUUUUGUUUGUUUUUUUUUUCCCUCUCCUGGUUUUGUUGUUUCUUGAUUGCGGGCUUGGAGCCUAGCUGUAACUGUUGAGACAUUGGAGUCAGGAUUUUUGCUGAACUAACUAUAUAUGUAUUAAUUUUGCAUUUGAGAGAUUAAUCCGUCCCAAACUUUUUGUUUUGUUUUGUAUUUUUUGUUUUUGGGUCACCUGCAGAUACUCUUUGAUGUCAAAAUGAGAUACCUGGUUCUAUUGAUAUCGUACGAUUGACUUACUUCAUCCC